AUGUACCAAUCAUUUACAGGAAGUUCGCGCAAGACACGACAGGUCAAUCUCUCUGGCCGAAAUACUUCAAACCCAUGGGCUGCGCUGUCAAGACCGGGACUGGGCAAUCCCUCAGGUUCCCCCAACCCAGUCGCUCAAGCUCAGGCAGAUCGGGUGAAAAGACAAAAUGAAAGAGAAAGACUAAAUGCUACGAAACGGAUACAGAAAUUAUGGCGGGGUCAUUCAAGUCGAAGAAAGCAGAAAUCACACUGGAGACAUAUCUGGGAUGAGAAUGAGCAGAAGAGAUUAGGAUCAUCAGCGCAACUUGAUUAUGGGACCUUCCUCGAUACAGAUGGCGAGGUCCCUGAUUAUGAAGACUCGACGGAAUUACUCAAGCAGAUACGACUGCUAAUUCAGUUCCAAGAGUUCAGGCAACACAAGGUGAGAGAUAAGACAGAUACCCUCAGACUGGUCUAUCUCGGAGAGGCACUUCAACACACUAUUUCAGGACUAUCACAACUCGAUCUCGAUGACGUCUGGAGAAGAAGCUUUUCGACACUUGGCUUAAUAGCCGCACGGCAUCUGAGGAGUGCAGUCAACUGUGACUCAACACUGGCGAUGAAUGGGUAUGGACCUCGAUUGUUAAAGAUGAUCGCUUUGCUCUGCAGAAUAGUGCCAGAUGAGAUGGCUAGAUGUUCUUCAUCAUACUUCGACGUCAUAGUGUUAGUGAUGCAAACACAAAAGGACGAACCUUGGCAGCAGUGCACGAAGCAAGCGAUAAUUGCUCUACUGACGUCGUCUCAGACCCAAAGCUUACCAGCGUACGCCUCCUUCGCAGUCAAGGUCUUAGGUCAAGACUCCUUCUCGAGAAAUUUAGAAACUUUGAAGGAGAUUGCGACAGCUUUAGAUUUGGACGAACUCUCGACGGCGAUCACGAAGGAAAUCGAGGAUGUGGACGGCGACCAAAAGCAAGCCUUAAAGACGACCCAACUCAUGUGGCAGAUGGCUCAUCUCAUUUAUAUGCAUGAUUCUCUGCAGAAGGGCUAUGCUGGACAGAACUCAUACAUCGAAGCGAUAUCCGCACUUUUGGGACAGUGCGCAAAUGAGAUCGCAGAAAGGUUCGAUCAAGUCGAUCAACCAAUGUUCGGCGACGGCAACAACGCUAUCGAGCCCUUACCAGCAUUUGCACGGGAGAUGGUCUCGAGAAUACCCCAGCAAGACAAUGUUCGAGAAGUGUUGCAGGAAAUGGAUAGACCCAUGGCUUCACUCGCAAAUUACGAAAGAUCGGAAUUCAAUUCUGCGAAGCGGCUGGCAAAUUUUGCAGUUGCCUUGUUGAGAGCAUUUCCGUCCAAAGCGCAGAACGUCCGAAUGUUUCUGUAUCAAGGCUCGGUCCGAUCAAUGGAAGACACAGACGUGUCAACGAUCCAGUACUUCUGGAGCACAGCACGGACGACGAAUGUUUUCAAGAAAGCUAUUCAGAAUCAUCGGAAUGUGCUGUCUCUAUUAAGAGAAGCGUCUCCAGAAACAAACCAGAUCGGUCAGGCUCCCAUCUCCAAGGCUGAGAUUGCGCUUUGGCGAGAUGAAUGGCGGAUCAUUCUGCUCUUCUUAGAGCUUUACACCUUUGUCUUGAAGUUCAUGGAUGAUGAUGACUUCUUCGCUCUGGACAGGUCACAUGCUUUCGGCUCGGGCCCUGUUGCUACGAGCUUGAUAUCACGCAAGGGAGCACUCCCUCUGGAGGAUGUGGCGCUGAUGACCACCUUCCUCAAGAACCUAGCGUUCACCUUGUACUGGCAUGCAGCGGAUCUGGUCGAGAGCAACGAAGCUGAGGAAGAGACUGAUAUAUUGGCUCUGUUUGGAAAUCCUACUCAUUCAACCACCAAAUCAACAGAAAAGAAACAGCAGACAUUGACUGGGAAUGGUGUUUCUCAAAGCUAUUUGAAAGGCCUGGUCACAGGUCUGCUAAGAAUGCUGCACGAAAGAGACUCGAGGCGUUCUUUCGUCCCUGCCAAUCAUUGGCUGAUGACGGACCAAGUCAAUAUGACUGGCUUCAUCCCCGCUGUGGUGGCCGAGGAGGAGAAGAGACAUGAGCUUGCGGACGAGGAGGACAGAGACGAAGAGGAAGAAGAUUUCGAUAAAACCACCGAGAUGGCUGUGCCGAUUGGCUCGGGAGCGUCAGAAGCUCUGCUGAGCAGUAUGUUUGGUAUUCGCCCAUCACAUACACCCCGAUCAAGAGCUUCACGACAAGCAGAGCGAAUAGAACGCCAACGACUGCAGGCCAGAAAGAAAAGACAGCUCGAGUCCCUGGCACCUCGCCUCGAAAUCCUCCGAAAUUUACCAUUCUUCAUACCUUUUGAAACUAGAGUCCAAAUCUUCCGCGAGUUUGUCUACCGUGACCAAAUCAGAAGACGUGACGGAGCCGUCGACCCUGAUACUUGGCGAAUGUUCAUCGCUACCAACACACCAGGACACGGUCCUGACGGCCGACCCAGAGCACUUGAUAUUAUAAGCCGGCAUCAUGCUGAAAUUCAUCGAGAAAGCGUGUUUGAAGAUGCAUACGAAGCUUUCUACCCUCUUGGAGAAGGACUCAAAGAGCCGAUUCAAAUCACUUUCAUCGAUAAAUUCGGGGCUCCAGAAGCUGGCAUCGACGGCGGUGGUGUUACCAAAGAAUUUUUGAUGAGUGUGACCAGUGAAGCCUUUGAUCCUAACGCCGGUAUGAACAUGUUCAAGGAGAAUGCUCAGCGAUAUCUCUACCCCAAUCCUCUGAUCUAUCAAGAGACAGCAGAAUACUUCAAACGUGCAGGCAGAAAGCCACACACUGAGAAUUUCGAUUCCCCUAUGGCUGAAUUUCUUCGACGUUUCCAAUUUCUUGGCCGCGUCGUUGGAAAGUGUUUGUACGAAGGGAUUCUGAUUGAUGUCAACUUUGCUGGGUUCUUUCUGCUGAAAUGGGCAUUGACUGGUGGUACCACUGUUGGGUCGAAUGAGUCUGCAUAUCGUGCGACCAUCAACGACGUCAGAGAAUACGAUGAGGAACUAUACCACGGUCUCUUGAAGCUCAAGAACUACCCUGGCGAUGUUGAGGCAGACUUCUCACUCGAUUUCACCGUCACAGACACGCUUACUGUGGGGAAUGAGAACGGAAAAGAGGUCACUCACACCGUCACCACAGAACUAAUGCCAAACGGCUCCAAUAUCCCAGUCACAAACACCAAUCGACUAUUGUACAUUGAUCGCGUUGUGAGAUACAAACUGCAACAGCAGCCCAAAGCUGUCACCGACGCUUUCCUUAAGGGCCUGGGACAGAUUAUCCAGCCCAUGUGGCUUGCCAUGUUCAAUCAGAAAGAGCUACAGAAACUCGUUGGUGGGGAUAAUUCUGAGUUGGAUAUUGCUGAUCUGCGCCGAAACACACAAUACGGUGGAUUGUACACGAUUGGUGAUGACGGCCUUGAACAUCCAACAAUCCAAUUGUUUUGGAAAGCUCUUCAAGACAUGGAUGACGAAGAUAGGAGAAAGGUUCUCAAAUUUGUCACCAGUACUCCCAGAGCACCUCUGCUUGGCUUCAGCCAUUUGAACCCGAAAUUCAGUAUUCGUGAUUCAAGUGAAGAUCAAGAGCGUCUACCAAGCACCAGCACAUGUGUGAAUCUCCUCAAGUUGCCGAGAUAUGGAGACAUCAAGACAUUGAAGGAGAAACUCUUGUAUGCGGUCAAUUCAGGAGCAGGAUUCGACUUGUCAUGA